AUGGAGGUUGGACAUCGUCCGUGUGCGCCCACCUUGGAAGGCAUUCCAUCCGAGCUUCGGCUUCGGAUUCUCCAAGAUGUCCUUGUGUCUGACGAUCCCAUCUCCAUUACCUUCGAUCCCCAUGGCUACAUCCGUCUCAUACGCGGACAGCAUGUGGAGCCCGUCGAGUCCUUGGGCCUGCUCACCACUUCCAUUCAAAUGUAUGAUGCAGCAGCUACCAUCUUCUAUGGCGAGAACAAAUUCGUCCUACCAUGGACCGCAGCACUAGCCUUUCUCGGUGUUUACCAAUUUACGAGUGCCCAGCAGCUUCGUUGUUUGGAGAUCAGAUCCAGCCUUAAAAGUCCAUUUUUCGGUUUCGCCCCUUUCAUCAAUGCCUUGGCCGACGGAGCACCUGAUCAGCUUCGCGAGAUCAUCAUCACCUUCCAAGAUCCAGCCAAGGCGCUGGCUUGCGUGUUUGAGCUUACCAAUGCUGUCGCUGCAUGCACCUCCUUCGAGUCUCCCACCUUAGAGUUUGUCUUUGCUCCAAUGAAGGAUAGCUCCACCUUUCCCAGCGCCACAUCAGCCAGCUUCGUGAGCCUUGCGAGUCGCAUUUGCUCGACUUUGGCUGAACCCAACGGCAACUUCCAUGAUUUCCAUCAAUUCUCAGGCCCAUAUUGCAAGCAAGAUCUCCUGAGCACCAAUGCCAGUCCGAAUCUCCAGAAAAUCACGAUAGUGGGUCCUAUUCCACCAGCUCUUCUUCCUGAACUCGAGGCUCAUACGUGCAAAGUUGGCCAAUGUGGGAUUGAAAAGCUUUCUUCCUACCGAGACCCAAAGCAUUAUGACAAAAUGACCACGAGUGAUCGUCACCAUUACAUUUGGAAGAAGAAAGAUCAUCCUGACGUCUUUCCUGGUGUGGACAUGCGCCAAUUCCACCCUCUGCUUCCCGAGAAGUAUCGAGAGCAACUGGGUGAAGAAUUCGACGUGUGGCCUUUGAGAAAUGGCGGUUUUGCUGAACGUAUUGACGAUGAUCUCCCUUUCCCAUAUGAUGUCUUCGAGAAUGAAGACGAAGAAGUUGAAGCACCACCUGCACCAGACCCGAUCCCCAGGUUUGCUUUAGUAGGAGAAUAUCUUAGCUCGGUAAAUGUGCAGCGCCGAGGAUUCCUUGCUUCGAGACGCGAAGACCGAGCUCGUAGGUUGAAUGAUCUCAUUGCUGGCUCGACAAAGACAAUCAAUCCUUUCCUUGUGGGUGACAAUGCUAUGGCUCGUGGAUCAAUGCAUGACAGUGGAGAUGCUGAGACCACCACUUCUGAUACUACCAUGGCUCCGCAUGUUCAAGCACAAACCCACCAAGCCAUGACCGACGCCAUGACCAGCCACCAGGCUGACGCGACUCCCAGCCAAAUUCCUACUGGAGGUCGAUCCUCAAAUUCAGGCCCUUCAGCUCUUCCACUAAGCGGCACCGCAGAAGAUGCUGGUUCCAUCAUGUCGAAUGGAAAUUCAGCAAACAACAUCCCCCACCAUGGCCGUUCUGGACUAGAUGUGAUCGAUUGGGUCAACAAUUCAGACUGA